AAUCAUCAUAAAACGACAACUCCCAAAACCUGUCAGAAAUAUCUCUGCGCACAGCGAGUAGUGACUUCAAUUAUUACCGGAAAUAGCCGGUCGUCGUUCUGUUCCUCGAAACCCUAUGCACUCUCUCCCCUCUCUCCCCUCUCCUACCAGAAAGAAAGCAAGCGACUGUAACUAGAUUUUGUUUGCGUCCAAAAUCUGUGCGUGAGCGAGAGAUUUCCAUACAUAAAAGAAGAGCUUGUGUCUUCAUCCUGACAUGAGAAAUUCCAUACCCACAAUUCUCAGUCAAUUCACGUAUCAGAAAUCUCUCUCUGCCAUACUAGCCUCUCAUUUCUUUCAUUUCACUGUUCAUUAUCUCCUUUAUUACCCAACUAACUAGUCUUCAAUCCAUUCCCUUUUCCUUUCUACUUAAGAUUUCUCAUCCAUGGCUGAGGGUUUUGAGCCCUACCAUGUCCCUCAACAAAGCAGAAGAGAUAAGCUCCGGUUCUUGCCGGGUCAACCCCACCCGGUUUGUGAAGAACCCGGACCUCACCACCUUCACGGUUGUGCUGCUGCUGCUUUCUAUGAUCCGACCUCAAUCUCACUCAUCUCCUCAUCAGAUUUGCUCACGUGCGCCGGCAGCUCCGUCAAAGGAGAGGGCCACGUGAAUCUGAUGGGUUACAUGAACACUUCUACAGCUUCCUCGUCUUUAAACAAUUUUCGCCAUCCCUACUUGGAUCCUCAACCUUCGAAUUUCGCACCGAAUCCCAACUCUGUCCAUGAUAUUAACGGUCUCAACAACAUGUUUCUUUAUCCGAGCCAACAGAAUCAUCAUCAUCUGAGAGACUUCCACGAUGAAGCAGCUGUACUGUUCAAACCGGAACCAUUGUCCUUGUCACUAUCUUCACAACCCGUUGAGGUCCAUAAUCUGCAGAGGUACGGCUAUUCGGGCAUUAACGACGGUGGUCACGGGUCUAGAAGUCCGGGCCCAACUCCGCUGGGGCCGUUUACCGGCUACGCUUCGAUUUUGAAGGGAUCGAGGUUCUUGAAGCCAGCUCAGCAGUUGCUAGAGGAGUUCUGUGAUGUGGGUAGUUCUAGUCGUGAAAUUUAUGCUGCUGUUAGCAGAAUUAUGACAGACGAGUCCUCAUCCUUUUUGGACGAUCCUCCUAUUGAGAGCUUGGACGAUCCGGUCAGUGUUGGCGGCGGUGACGGAAGUGAGAGUCGGAGAAAGAAGUCGAGGCUGAUUUCCAUGCUAGACGAGGUUUACAGGAGGUACAAGCAAUACUAUCACCAGAUGACAGCAGUAGUGAACUCAUUUGAGUAUGUUGCUGGGCUUGGAAAUGCAGCUCCCUAUGCAAACUUGGCAAUAAAGGCCAUGAGUAGACACUUUACGUGUUUGAAGAAUGCGAUCACUGAUCAGCUUCAAUAUUCAAGAUCAAGUAGGGAUGCUACAACUUUUGUAAGCCGGGACAAAGAUGAAGCUAUUCCAAUGCUCCGUAAUACUACUCGAGGCAUGUAUACCCAGCACAGAUCUUUCCAAAGCACGGAGUUUGGCGAGCACCAACCUGUUUGGCGACCUCAAAGGGGCCUUCCUGAGCGUGCAGUUACCGUUCUUAGGUCCUGGUUGUUCGAACACUUCUUGCAUCCUUACCCUACCGAUACAGAUAAAAUAAUGCUGGCUAAACAAACUGGCCUAUCACGAAGCCAGGUUUCAAAUUGGUUCAUUAAUGCAAGAGUAAGGCUGUGGAAACCAAUGGUGGAAGAGAUACACAUGCUAGAAACCCGGCAAGCUCAUAUUGCUUCACAGAAGUCAGGGGAUCAAAAUGCAGAUAGGUCAGAUGAUCAUGAUCAUUUACCAUCCGCAAACUCGGUUGCAUCUGAGAAUCCUUCAACAUCCACUUAUAGAGCUCAAGACACAGCAUCUAAGCGCCCAAGAAAUGAAUUUCCGGAUGUCACAGUUGCGCGUACGCAUGAAGAGUUGAACAUGUCUUACAAUAACUUGCCAAGCCAUCUGCAUCAUGUUGGUCAUGUUGGUGCGAGUAUGGCAGGAGGAAGUACUAAUGGUGUGUCACUAACGCUUGGACUUCAUCACCAAAAUAAUGGUAUUGGUAUGGCGGAGCCACCCUAUGCUAUCAUUAACACAGCUCAACGUUUCGGACUUGGCCUCGAGGGAAAUAGCGAUGGUUACACAAUGGGUGGCUUUGAUGCACAAAAUCGGCAUUUUGGAAGGGACGUCAUGGGGGGGCAACUUUUGCAUGAUUUUGUGGGAUGACUUGUAAGGAAUGUGAGAAUCUGGACAUCAUGGAAUUGGAUAUUGUUAUAUUAGACUAACAAAGUUGCAAUCAUAAGUCAUUUGUCAAAAACCAGGAUUCAAAUGGUGAAACAAGCUUAGAGUGAUUGAUUUGCCUAUUCAUGUUGGUGUUUUAGAGGUAUGGUUAAAUUCACCUAUCACACCCCCUUGUGUAAAUUACGGAUAAUAUUCCGAGAAUGUGAAUGUUUGGGUGUUAAAAUUCUUGUGUAAACAGAGGUCUAUAUUGAGUAUAUUCAAACUAGGGAUUAGACAUGGCCUUUGAUCA